CCUUGUUGCUGCCUUUUGCAAAAUUUGCAAACAACCUGGAAGCACAACAACUGUGUGUACUUUCUUUUUCUGGCCACACGUUAUUGUUCCGGCACUUUCCGUCUAGACCCAUUAUGUAACUCAAUUGCUGCCAUUCAACUCCGCAAUAUUCUUGAAGCUGGAUCAACAUCUCACAGGAAGUUAAGACGUCAAAUGAUUCGUCCGAACACAGCAGUGUCCGCGUUCAGCCAAGUAGCAAGACGAACCAAGUUUAUCAAUAUCGCCCCCAUCACUUCCAAAUCAAGCAAGAUGGAUUACAGCACCAUCGCCACACCCGAGCGUUGCUAUGCUGACUUUUGUCUGAUUCCCGUCGGCACGGCCAAUGUCUCGGUAGCCGCCGAGGUGGCCGAGGUACAGAAGCUGCUCAAGGCUAGUGGCAUCAUGUACACGAUGCAUUCGGCGGGUACGACGGUUGAGGGGUCCUGGGAUGAGGUCUUCAAAGUUAUUGGACAAGCGCAUAGUCUUGUCCACGAGAAGGGGGUUUUGAGGGUCCAGUCGUCCAUGAGGGUUGGCACGAGAACGGAUAAAAAACAGUCUGCACAGGAUAAGGUGAAGAGGGUGGAGGAUUUGCUGGCUAAGGAUAGUUCGUAGUUCGUAGGGACAAGGGGCUCAACUGUGGCGGUCCCGGGACGGUGAAGAGAGCGACCAAGCCAGAGCGAUCCGUAUCUGCUACACCUUGAAGUAACCUCAUGACAGACCGGAAGGUCUUGAAUAUCAGUCGCUAAGCAAUUGUGCAUAAUCAGUUGUGAUGGCAGGCCAUAUGCGAAGGCAUUGGUAAAUGUAAGGGCUGCCACAGGCAUGUACUGAGGUAUAUGAGUAUACAAAGUAGAUAUAACAUAAUGGAGACACGGCAUUGAGCCAG